CUCUAAUGGAGAGACGGGGAUGUCAAGUCUUGGAAGACGAAAACGCGGAAGCCAUUGCCUCAGCAACCCCUUGGGCUUGUCAAACAACCGGCCUUCAAAUGCCACUUAGUGCACCGACCCAUGCAGAGAUAUACCCGGUGCCACGAAAUGGGAACCAAGAACGUCACCAGAGCAUCACAGCAGAGACUCGGAGCACAAAUGCACAAAGAACGCAACCACCUCCUCGGGACCCCGCGAACCAAGAGAAAGCUCACUCAAGUGCAGCUCUCUUCCUUUCCAACUUCAGGGCUACCCUAAGUAUUACGUCGAUACGGAAGCUUCUUCACCACACCUAUAUAACACUGGGUAAAAACUUGGCUGGAAUCAGAUCAAGACGAAAGUACCCCUUCCGUGGUAGACAAUCUGGAUCAUCCCCAAAGGUGGCUACGUGUAACGAGAGCCUUGAUGUGAAUAAGGCGACGCUUAGAGCUGCUUUUUCUGGGUGUUGUACGUCUGUGGAGCAACCAGAUUCUUCAAGUGACAGUUUCGAUUCAUCGUCCAGUGGAACAGAGGACGAAGAAAAAGUUCGGGUGGGGGAAGUGUGUGGCUGCUACAGAGCACUGGCACUUACUCGCCGACGGGCUCAUGAAGUGGACUCUUCCGCAGCCACCAUAGUAGAGACCGGGGUACGGCUGACUGCAAUUGCGCGAAGGAGAACGCUCAUGCACAGGGAUCAAGAGCUAAUAUGGGUGCACGCUCCCCGAGAUCUCAGUGUGUCGAUGCAGAAGCUGUGCAGCUUCGAGUUGACUCCUGCUGCUAAAGAAGCCAUUAUUGGUGCUGCUUAUGCCCCAGAAGACUCACAUGAUCUCGCAGAGUGGGAGACAUUUACCAGGGCACUGCUGAGUGUGCACCAUUGCGUUUAUCACUUGCACCUGCAUAUCUCGGCUGUCACCCGACCUCCUGGACACUUCUACCAGAGCUUUAGUUUACAAAAAGGAACCGCGCUACUCAGAAUUGAGGUCUCUGCAUUCGAAGACCCUUCCAUGGACUUCAUGAUGCCGUACUUGCAGUACCUGUGUCGAAUAAGGAAUGCCCGCAUGACUUCUAUAUACGUUGAACGCAAAUGUGCCCCACAUCCUGACGAUAUACCCAACGACGUGUAUGCAUCAGUGAUUGUCGGUGACGGACUUCCGGAACUUGGCGACAACAGAUUUUUUGGACUGCUGGAUUCAACAAUGUAUAUGCCAUCUUUGCGGGAGAUUUCAAUAUGCGUCGACAACACUGGUACAGGACCACCUGUACCUCACCAGUUCGUAUUGCAUAUGACCCACAUCGGUGACUCGCAACGUUGCCGUUUGAACUAUGUGGUCAAUGAAAACCUCCAAGGCCUAAUGCAUUGCAAAAGUGACAAUACCCGCCAAGUCAGCACAGCGGUUGCCACUGACAGGGUUUUACUACUACCUACACGACACACAUUUCGCGAACCGAGACGCUCUGGUACCCAUCAGGAGAGCUGCAUAAUUACGCUUGAACAGAAUUCAUCACCGCAUUACGUUAUCGACGUUACUUCACUGGUGCGGAUGCGUGAAGACAAUGAGCUUGAUUCACCGAACGCAUAA